AGAUACACUUAUGUCAAUUGAGUAAUUCCACAAUAUCAACUACCCAAUAUUAAACAGCUUCCUAGCUUGAUAUCAAUUAGUCCAACUUGGUCGGCCAACCCCAGGACAGUAACUGACGUCAGUGUAGAUCCAACCCCAGUAUAUCACUCAUCCAAACGUAAGGCCUAAAAUAGAAUGACAAUCAUAAAGAUCUCUCUGUAUACAUCCCAGAAGGCUUUAUGUGAGGUCACAAACCCUCCCUGUCCCACUCCGUCGGUCCCAUCGGUCCCAUCGGCCUUACCGGCCAUACCGGCCCCAUCGGUCCUAUCGGUAUAUCCCCCCAACCCAACACCAUCACCACUACCACCUAUAAAAACACACCAAAUCCACUCUCUACGACAAUCCACUCCCAUCAAUAAACUACUCCCAAUCCAUCUCGAAUCCCCUACGCAGAAUCACCAGAAAGAAAGACACCAAUGUCCUCCCUCAAAAUCCUCAUCACCGGCGCCGGCAUCGCCGGCACAACCCUCGCCUACUUCCUCUCCCAACUCCCGCAAUCCCAUUCCAUCACUGUUCUCGAACGAUCCCCAAUUCUCCGCGCAACAGGACUACAAAUCGACCUCCGGGGUCCCGGAAUCCAAGUCCUCCGAGCUAUGGGUCUCGAGGAGGAAUUCCGCGCUAUCAGUGUCCCGGAACAAGGGUUGGGGCUGGUGGAUGGGAAGGGACGGCGGUGGGGGUAUUUCCCUGUGAAGAUGGGGGCGACGGGGAAGGGGUUGCAGAGUUUUACGACGGAGUGGGAGGUUAUGAGGGGGGAUUUGACGAGGAUGAUUUAUGGGGAGAGUUUUAGGGAGGGUAAUGUGAGGUAUGUUUUUGGGGUUUGGGUUGAGGGGAUUCAGGAGAUGGGAGAAGGGGAUGGGGUGGAGGUGGUGUUUUCGGAUGGAAGGAAGGAGAGGUUUGAUCUUGUGAUUGGGGCUGAUGGGUUGGGGUCCAAGACGAGAGGGCUGAUGCUUGGGGUAGAUGGGGAUGGAAGGGUUGGCGUUCAUGAACUGGGUGUUUAUGCUGGGUACUUGACGGUGAAGAAGGAGAUGAAGGAAGGGGAGGGGUAUGAUGCCAUGGCUUAUAUCGCGACCAAAGGACGAGGGAUUAUGACGCGUCGGCAUGAGAAGAAUCGGUACCUGGCUUAUCUCUUCUGCAGGGCGGAGGGAGGGGAGUUGCAGCGAGGAAGGAAAGGGGAUUUUGAGAAGGAGAAGCAGGUCCUGACCAAGGCUUUUCGCGGGGCGGGGUGGCAGACGGAGGAGAUCCUUCGAGGUAUGGACGAGGCAGAUGAUUUUUAUUGUGAGCGCAUGGGAGUGGUCAAUUUGGAUCGGUGGUCGAGAGGCCGCGUUGUGUUGGUGGGAGAUGCGGCGUACUGUCCCUCUGCGAUGACCGGGAUGGGUACGUCUUGUGCUAUGACAGGGGCUUAUGUCCUUGCGGGGGAAAUUGGGAGGGUGUGUGGCAGGGGAGCCAGAGUGACGAAGGACGAUAUCGAGACUGCUCUGGCAAGGUACGAGGAAAAGAUGAGGCCGUUCAUGAAUCAUGUUCAGAGGGGGCUCUUGGACAACAAUGAUUACAUGGGGAAGUUCCCUUCGUCGGCAUUUGGGGUUGGUGUCAUGUAUGUUUUGUUUGCGGUGGUUUCUUUCCUCAGGUUGGAUGUCCUCGCCAAGUGGGUGUUGCGAGAGGAUACGAAUGGCUGGGAGCUGCCAGAGUAUCCGGAAUUGAUGAGGAAGUGAUACCAGGGCAUCUCAUGCUAAUCUCUUUGUUUGGGAUAUUGUGGAUAGUGUGCUUGAAGGCGAAG